AUGGCAAGAUGUAAGCCAAAGCCUUUGAGGUAUGGAGGAAUUUUGGACCAAAAUGAGAAAUAUAAUGUCUUAGAAGAAGACGUAACAAAAAAAGAUAAUGAUUUGGACACAAAUUUGCAUUUAACUUUCAAGCAACAAAAAAAAGAAGAAAAAAAGGAGGGACAUGGAUUAGAAUAUAAGAGGCAAAUUUUGAUUCAAAAUAAUGAUUUAAUCUGUUGUUUGAAUGUUUGGGAGAAUGUUAAGAUGAUCAUUUCUGAAAGUGAAAUAAUGGAUUUAGGAGAGAGUUUAAGUGAAUUAAGAGAACAAGGAAGAGAAUUUAUUGCAAUAUUCGGAGUUUUAGAGGAAAAUAAGUCAAAAUGUUACUUUAAAAUAUUAGAUAAUCAGCUUAUUGAAGAGUUAAAAGAGGUUGAAUUUUGCAAAUCUGAUCAAGGAACUAAUGUAGAAAAAACUAUAGAUACUGAAUUAUCUAUUGAAAGUAAAGUUUUAGGAUGUGGAACAGUUGGUUGGUCAAGUUUAAAGCCAAAAAUACCAUAUUCUCAUGUUAGAAAGGCUCUGUUGUUACUACAAGUUGAAGGUUUCAUAGUAUUUACUUGUGAAAUAUUGGGUGUGAAAAGAAGUCGUAUAAUAAGUAAUAGUAUUAGUACUAGCAAUAAUGUUAGUAUUAAUGGUAAAGGAUUCAAAGAAAGUGUAUUGAAUAUGAAUAUUAGGAUGUAUUUGACUAGAAAGUCCCUUGACGGGAAGUUAUUAUCAAGGAGGAAAGAUGGGAAAAGUAGUCUAAAAUCUAUAUUUUCUUGGCUUAAUGAGGAGCUUAGGUUUCCAAUACUUGAGGGAUCCAAUAAUAAGCAAGCAAAGAAGACGAGGAGUUACCAGACUGUGCAGAUAAAACCAAAUGAGUUAUAUUCUAUAUUUCAAGAAUAUGACAUAUCUAUAAAAAGAAUGGGAUCUUCUAAUCAAAAAGAUGGAAAUUGGAGUCAAAGCUUGGGAUUAAUUUCAGAGUUAAGAAACUAUCAAAAAGAUGCAGUUUUGUUUGCUUUAAACGUGGAAAAAGAUACUGUUAAAAUACAUUUGGAAUACCCUCCAUAUUGGUUUUGCCUUAAACUACCAAAAAGGGGAGAAGAAAAAGAGGAUUUAUUAUAUAUUAAUAUGAUUAAUGGAGAAAUUUCUUUGAAUAUUCCACCUUUGGGAGGAGGUACUUUCAACAUAAGAGGAGGAUUUUUAUGUGAUGAAAUGGGAUUGGGUAAAAGUUUGGAGAUUAUUGCUUUGAUUUUAAUGAAUCCAAGGUUGGACUAUCAAACAAAUUUUCAAAAAUCUAAGGAUUUUAUCUCUUUUCCUACUUUAGAGUCUAAAGAGAAUUCUUUUGAUGUAGAAUGUCCAUGUGGGGUUAGUAAUCCAAUCAUAGAUUUGAAAGUAGUAAGAUGCAACAAAUGUAAAGUUAAAUUUCACUUUCAAUGUUGUAUAAGUGAUCAAAUUACAAUGGAUUCAGAUACUAAUCUAUUAUGUUCUCUUUGCCAAAGUACUGAAUUUAAUCAAAGAUUAAAGACAAAGUCAACUUUAAUUAUAGCACCAGCAAGUAUUAUAGACCAAUGGUAUGAUGAAUUUAAUAAACAUUUAGAGGAUGGAAGAUUGAAAGUAGUUAAGUAUAAAGGAGUUAGGUAUAUUCAAAACUAUUUGAGAAAUAGAGCAUUAAAAAAAGGGAAAGAUUAUGGUUGUGGAUAUGGAAUUAUAAAAACUAGAAGGGAUAUUUUGGACUAUGAUGUAGUAAUUACAUCUUAUGAAAUUCUUAAAGAAGAGAUUUAUCAUGUAUUAGAUCAGGAUAGCAUAGCAAACAAAAGAUCUAUGAGGUUUAAGAAGACUUAUCCUAUUUUGGCUUCUUUAUUAAUUAACAUUGAUUGGUGGAGAAUUGUUUUAGAUGAAGCUCAAAUGACUGAAGGAUAUUCACUUGUUUCAAAAAUGACCAGUAAAUUAAUAUGUUAUAAUAAAUGGUGUGUAUCCGGUACCCCUAUUGUUAGAUCUUGUUCAAAUGAUUUGAUUGGUUUACUAUUAAACCUUUCAAAUGUUGGAUUUGACUUAAUACAUGAUUCUUUAUAUAAAAAGUAUCUUGGAUACUUAUCUAGUAUUUUAUAUAUCAAAACUAUUAAAAGUAAGACUGAACAAGAAGCUGAUAUUGAAAUAGAGAGUGAAAAAUUAGAUGAAAAUGAUCAAGAGGAUCAUGAUCACUCUCGUGAUCAUGAUGAGGAUUUAAUUGGUGAAAAAUUUCAAAAAGAUGGAUGGAUUGGAUUUGAAAAUAGUUUAGAUUAUAUUACUAGUCAAUAUAUAUCAAUGAAGAAUUUGGUAAAACAUUUGGAAUAUGUAAUUGGUUCUUUGUUUUAUAGAAGAGAGAUGAAACAAGUUAAGGAAGAAAUAAGCAUACCUCCAGCUUUUUAUGGAAAUACUUAUUUAAGUUUAUCUUCAGUAGAGAGAUUUUUUUAUAUAAAACAGUGUGAAUUAGGGUAUAACAAUAUAUUAAAUUAUAGAAGUAUUGAUAAUUUUUUAAGAAAUAAGAAAGAACUGGACUCAUUAAUUACAAUGUUAAGGCUUGCAUGUAUACAUCCACAAUUAGGUAUAAUGGGUAUCCAUAAUAGGAAUAAGAAUUUAAAUAAUCAGGAGAAUUAUUAUGAUUUAGAUACUCAAAAUGAUUCAAGUAUUGCAUCUUUAAAUACAGGAUUGAAGAUUAUGACAAUGGAUCAGAUUUUAGAUAAGUUAUUAAAUAAAUGUAGAAUAGAUAUUGAAGAGAGCGUGAGAAAGUAUGUGAUGAACACUUUAGGUUUGGCUGGUAUUUAUUUUACAAGAAAUUUCAAAGAGGAUGAUGAUGAGAAAUAUAAUAAAUCAUCAAUUUUUUAUUAUAAACAAGUACUUGAUAUUCGUAACGAAGAUAGAGUGGAUGUUUUGCAACAGAUACAUACUUUAUGGAAUCUUGGAGAGAUUUGUAGUAAUGAAUCAGAGAAAAGAGAGCUUUUUAGAGAAUGUAAUGAACUUGAGAUUAAGUACAGAAGUAAAUACUAUAAGGAAUAUAUGGAAAAGCAGGAGUCUUUUAUUAAAUUAAGAGACAAAACUAAUUCAUUAUAUUCUGAUAAUAAUUGGUGGCACAUAUUCAAGAGGCUUAGUAAGGUUAGGGGUAUUAAUGGAAGAUUUGGAUUAGGAUCUGGAGUAGGUAGUGUUAAUGAAGAGGAUCUUUUAUUGGAUAGAAUUGAGAAUUUCCAGUAUGAAUUUAAGAGUGCUAAAGAUGGGGAUUCUGAGUACAAUUUACCAAGUUUUAAUAGCAUUCAUGGCCUUAUAGUUGCUUUAGAUUUAAAGGUCAAGCAUAUGCAAGAAUCUCGAACAAGACUUUUAAGCCAGCUUAGUCAACUAGAACUUUUGAGUUUAAGUCAGGAUUGGGAUCAAGAUCAGGAUCGGGAUCAAGAUCAGGAUCAGGGUCAAAGCCAAAGCCAGAACCAAAGCCAAGGCCAAAACCAGGAACAGAACCAAAACCAAAGCCAAAGCCAAAACCAGAACCAGGAACAGAACCAAAACCAAUACCAAAGCCAAGGCCAAAACCAGGAACAGAACCAGAACCAAUACCAAAACCAAAGCCAAAACCAGAACCAGAACAACCAUAAAUUAGAUCAAGGUAAUAGACAGGGUCAAGAUAUCCAAUACCAACUCAUUCUGGACGAAAUAAUUGCAAAAGUGUCUUCCUGUUCAUUGUGUAAAGAAGUUCAAAGUAGUGAAAUAGAAGAGGAACACCAAAAUAGUGCAGGAAGAAGGAAUCAAUCUGGUCAAAGACGAGAUUUAUGUGUAUUUUGCAUAAUCCAAAAUCAUAUAGAAGAACUUGAAUAUUCAUUAUAUACCAUUAAAAAGAAGUCUUUUUUUAGGUUUAGUGAAAGCAGUAAUAGUAACUUUAGAGGAACUAAAAGUAAUGAAGCAGAUAAUGGUCAGCAAAAAAAAUCAAUUUACAAUGAUUCUACAUAUUUGAGAGAUUCAGAAACAAUUGCAAUAUUAAAGUUUUUGAACAAAGAGCUAAAGAGAGUCUUUAAAUCUGGUUCAAACAUGAAAGAGGACUUGGAUGAAUCUGAUGAUUUAUCUUCUAUUUCUAAGAUAUCUACAAAACAUAUCAAAUACAUUGAAUCGUUAAAGCUUGAGCUUUCCAGCAGUAAAGCCUUUGUAUCUGCUACUAGACAACUUAUUAACUCUUAUUUGGAGCUUAUAGAUUGUAAGCAAAGAAUUCAAGUAAUUCAGGAUGGCGAACCGAAUUUGUCUUCAAAUCAUAAUAAUAUCAUCCACCAAAGUGAAAUUCCUUUUUUGGCAGAAAAGUAUGAAUCAGAACGUAUUUCUGCUCUUGGUGUGAGACGUAAUCUAAAAUCUCAACAAAAAUUUCUAUGUAACCUUAAGUUGCAACAAAGAUCAAGAAAAACCUUUAAAGAUCAACAGGAACAGCAAAAGGAGCAGGUGCAGAAACAAGACUUGGAGCAGCAACAGGAGCAGCAAAAGGAACAGGAACAGGAACAGGAACACGAACAGGAACAGGAACACGAACAAGAGCAGCAAAAGGAACAGCAAAAGGAACAGGAACACGAACAAGAGCAGCAAAAGGAACAAUACCAAGAACACGAACAAGACCAUGAAAUUUGUCCAAUAUGUCUUAACAAGCUAAAGGAGGACUAUUCACAAGUCAUUUUACCAUGUGCUCACAUACUAUGCAUUGACUGUUAUAGGUUAAUUAAUAAAAAGUCUAAUAACCAUAAACUUAAAAAUCAGUGUCCAAAAUGUAGAUUUGCUUUUCAAGAUACCAAUGUAGUCCUAAUAGUGCCAGAUAAUGACAAUAACAAAGUUAAUGUAAAGGUAGGAAACAAUUCAAAUAAUGAAAAAAAAACUUAUUCAUCCUUAAUUAACGAGUUUUCAAAUAAACCAAACCAAGUAGAUUUUGGAAUUGAUUACAACAUAAUACAAUCAAAAAGCAUCUUAGGUAACUUUGGAACUAAAAUAGAAGCUAUUAUUAAACAUAUUAAAUGGAUCUUGAAUUAUCCUGGUACUAGUGAUAGCUUUGGUAUUCACUCUCAUGAUCCUCAACUUCAAACUAUUCGUGGAAAUAAUGAUAAGAUUAUUAUUUUUUCUGAUUUCCAACCUGUUAUAGAUAUUCUUUCCUCAGCUCUUCACUUAAAUGAGAUACUUUUUAAAAAAUAUAGUGGGGGAAAGUCAGAAUAUCAUAUUAUUAGAGAGUUUUCAUCUAAUAAUAUUAAUAAUGAGUAUUACCCACAUAACAACUACAGAGUCCUUUUAUGUAAUCAUUUAAAUGUUGGAAAAGGAGUUAAUAUUACUGCUGCAAAUCACAUUAUUUUUGUUAGUCCUAUUCUCAACAAAUCUGAUGAAUUACAGGCUAUUGGUAGAAUUAUUCGUAUGGGGCAAACCAAAACCCCACAUAUUUGGAAUUUCAUCAUUAAUUACUCAAUUGAUGAACUUAUUUUUCAUUAUUUAUCCAACUUUUACUCAAAUCAAAACCCUCAAAACUCUUUUUUUAAUUCUAAUAAUCAACAUUCACUAAAUCUCAAAAUUAUUCAACAUGUAUCAGAUACUAAUUACUCCAAUUUCAAACAAAAAGAAUUUGUAUUGGAAGAAUAA